UUCUUCUGUUCUUUGUCUGUAAAACCCCAGCGGGGACCUUCCACCAGCUGCUCACACCAUCCAGAGCCCAAGGCAGUCACUCCCUGAAGCUGCAACAGGGACGCUGCGCUCCUUCCCCAUUCGCUGCAGCUGCGAACGCACAACCGGCUUGUCUCUGUGUGUGCCCCCCUGCUGGGCGAAGGUGUGCCCUCCCCCUGUGUGCGUAGAGCGACAUGUCCAACAACAUGGCCAAGAUUGCGGAGGCACGCAAGACGGUAGAACAGCUGAAACUCGAAGUCAACAUCGAUCGCAUGAAGGUGUCCAAGGCGGCAGCUGAUCUCCUGGCGUACUGCGAAGCCCAUGCGAAGGAGGACCCCCUGGUCACUCCCGUCUCCUCGGCCGAGAACCCUUUCCGAGAGAAACGGCUCUUCUGCAUCGUGCUGUGAGCCAGGAUGGCCCCCUCCCCAAUUGCUUUGGCCUCUCUCUUGGUUGAAUAAGAAGCACCGUAGAACAAGCGGAACAGCCUUGAAAAAAAGGAAGCUUCUAGUCUUCAUUAUCACCGAGAUCCAGUUGCCUGGAAGUUUAAAACCACACAAAUUUUCUUGUCCUUGUUUAUUCUAAUAAAUGUUUAGACCCUUCUUUCAA